ACCAGAACUCCAUCGAUUUCCUCUUCCUGGCUUCCCAGAUACUAUUCUACGCCAUUUCUCUAUUCAUUCAUUCAAGAUCAGCUGUUUACUCAGGUGUUUGUAACAAUUUUCAAACCUUCUGUGGUAGACACCAUGCCACAAGAAGAGUGAGCUCUCUUCCCUUCACAAUGGAGGACCCUGGAAGGACUUUCAGCUCUGAGGAGGAAGAAGCAAACUACUGGAAGGACCUGGCGAUGACCUACAAGCAGAGGGCAGAGAAUACUCAGGAGGAACUCCGAGAAUUCCAGGAGGGAAGCCGAGAAUAUGAAGCUGAAUUGGAGACGCAGCUGCACCAGAUGGAAACCAGGAACCGAGACCUCCUGUCAGAAAAUAACCGCCUUCGCUUGGAGCUGGAGACUGUCAAGGAGAAGUUUGAAAUGCAGCACUCUGAAGGCUACCGGCAGAUCUCGGCCCUGGAGGAUGACCUGGCGCAGACGAAAGCAAUUAAAGACCAGCUGCAGAAGUACAUCAGGGAGCUGGAGCAAGCCAACGAUGACCUGGAGAGAGCCAAACGAGCCACAAUCAUGUCUCUAGAAGACUUUGAGCAGCGCUUGAAUCAAGCUAUUGAAAGAAACGCCUUCCUGGAGAGUGAACUCGAUGAGAAGGAGAAUCUCCUAGAAUCUGUCCAGAGGCUAAAGGAUGAAGCCAGAGAUUUGCGGCAAGAAUUGGCAGUGCAGCAGAAGCAAGAAAAGCCCCGGACACCCAUACCCAGCUCAGUGGAAGCUGAAAGGACAGACACAGCUGUGCAGGCCACUGGCUCUGUGCCGUCCACUCCCGUAGCUCCUCGGGGACCUGGCUCUGGUUUAAACACACCGGGGAUGUUCAGACGUGGUCUGGACAACUCGAACAGUGGGACUCCACUCACACCUGCAGCCCGGAUUUCAGCCCUCAACAUUGUGGGGGACCUGCUGAGGAAAGUAGGGGCCCUGGAAUCCAAACUCGCAUCCUGCCGGAACUUCGUGUAUGAUCAAUCACCAAAUCGGACAAGUGGCCCAGCCUCAGGGCGAGGGAGCAAGAACAGAGAAAGUGGUGACAGACGGCCAAGUGGCACCAGUGUACCUUUGGGUGACAAAGGGUUGGGCAAACGCCUGGAAUUCGGGAAGCCACCCUCACAUCCUUCCUCAUCAUCGUUGUCAUCAUCAUCGGCGCUGCCGCCUGCUCAGGGUGUGGUCAAGCUGUUGCUUUAGGACCCUACAGGAGCCUGAGCCCCCUCUGUCUGUGCAGCAUUGUUACCCUCCUUCUCCCCUUUCCUCUCAGCUUUUGGGUUUUUUCCAGUUAGUUUGAGAAAUAAGAGCCAGCAGCACUUUGUGCUCUGUGGCCCAAGCCAAUGACUGAGGCCCUGGUGUUGUCCCUACCUUUCCCACCUGCAUGUAUGUGAUGACAUGGUCCCCCCACUCGGGAAGGCUCAGGGCGUGGGUAGUAAGUCUACCCAUCAUUGGCUCCCCGAGUCCCGACGGCCCAGGGAGCUGCUUUUAAUGUGCAAGCCUCCUGCAGAGGGGCUCUGGGCCCAUCCCGGAGGAACCCUCAACCCUUCCAGUGGGAGCUGUCUUCCAGAACAAGCUCUCCUGGUGCCUCCCCAUAUGCUAAAAUCAUGUCUAGGAGUGGGUCGUGGGAGAGGUGGGGUCCUUUUAUUAACUGUACCUCUGAGAUUUUUUUAAUCUGCCUCUCGUGGAGGUUUUUAGAGGAAUGUUUAACUUUCAGAGUAAUUCUCAGGUCAGCAGGAAGUGUGUCCUUACAAAUGCCAACCCUUAGUUGUCCUGAGUUCCUUGCCCUGGUGGGGUGGUGGGGGGUGAGUAGAGUGGUCAUGUAGCCCCUAAGGACAGGACUCCACUCAAAGCCAGCAUGGAAUAACCAGGGUGGCCUCCGACAAGGUGAAAACACAGAUCGUUGUUGGAAAGGAAGACACUGACACUGGAUGCGCCUGCUGGCCACCAGUGCAUGUUAGAGUUGCCACCUCACGCUCUGGGACCCUGGUGUAAGGAGCAGAUCUUGCAGGAGUGUGUGCGCAGCCUGACAGCCCUCGCCUUCUUCCUGGUUAUUUUCUGGUAGAAACUGCAAACCUGCCAUGGAGCUGAGCAUAGAACUUUUCAAGUGCUACAGACGUUCAGUGAGAACUCAGCUCGGAGCUGUUUGUGUCCCAAAACAUUCUAACCUGUGUUGGUAAAAGAUGGACUUUUAUUUUUUUAAAAGAACAAUAAAAUCAAGAGAAGCUCCUGUCAGCUGGUUCACGGUGUGCUCAGUGGGUGCUGCUUUAUAUAUCUGUACUUCACAAUUGCUUGUGGGGUGGUGAAAAACUUAGCUUUUAUUUUUUUGCCAACUCACAAAAUAGGAGAAAAGGGUUUUUACAAGUAUCUAUUCAAGUCAGCUUUUAGAAUUGUUUUUGGGAAAAGUUCGUGCAUCGUUGCAGACCUAUUGGCAUUUGGUGGAAUGGUUGUGUCUUUUCAGUUUCAUUUGUCUGUUUGUCCUGCUGAACUGGCCUGGGCGAUGGCUUGUGCUAAAUAGAAACUUCGCAAGGCAGGUCUGUCCACAGUAUUCAUGCUGGGGAAGAAAAGG